AUGCCGGCGGUGCUGGGCGCCGCCUGGGCCUUGUUGGCUGCCGUCUUUCUGGCUGCCCUGCUGCUGCUGCGGGCGCCGGGGCGGGGGGCCGAUGGUCUCUCCAGCCUCUUCCAGGAUCUUAUCCGCUACGGGAAAACGAAGCGCGGCUGGGGCCAGCGGCCGGCCUGGCUGCGCCUCCUCCAGGUGCCCAAGAGGUGGUUUACUCACUUUUAUGUGGUUUCUGUGCUCUGGAAUGGCUUUCUGCUGAGCUGUCUUUUCCGAGCUGAGUUCCUCAGAGGGUCGCUCCCAUCAUGGAUUCAGCAUAUGCACCGUGCUCUUGGCAGAGAUCCUCAGAGUGAGGACAUGGAUAGUGAGCACUUCUCUGUGCUCCUGGUUCUCCUGCUGCUUUGGCUGCAUAGCUGUCGAAGACUUGCAGAAUGCCUCUGGACCAGCGUGUUUUCUGAUGGCGUCAUUCAUAUUGUGCAAUAUUGCUUUGGACUUGCUUACUACGUUGCUGUUGGUUCAACUGUGUUAUGUCAAGUGCCUACUAACUUCAGGAAUGGAAAAGGCCUUUCCGUGCAGAUCUCCUGGUAUCACGUCGUAGGAGUUGUGAUGUACAUUUGGGCCUCUCUUCACCAACACAGAUGUCUUGUGAUUCUAGCUAAUCUUAGAAAAAGUGAAUCAGGAAAGGUGGUGAGUCUGAGCCACAGUGUGCCUUUCGGAGACUGGUUUGAGAGGGUGACGUGCCCUCAUUAUUUUGCAGAGCUCCUCAUCUACGUAUCUCUGGCCGUCACGCUUGGAUUUCACAAUGCAACGUGGUGGUGUGUAGUGAUGUAUGUUCUUUUUAACCAGGCACUGGCUGCUGUUCUGUGUCACGAGUUCUAUCAGAAAAACUUUAGCUCCUACCCGAAGCAUCGAAAAGCGUUUAUACCAUUUGUUUUUUAG